CAUCCAUACACUGUCAGUCUACUUCUCCUAUAAUUUUCUUCCUGAGAGAGAGUGCUGCCGUUGUCCGUUCGCUAAGCUAAUCAGAAGGUGCUUCUGUUGUAGCUGGUAAAAACCGUCGUAUCCUGAGAAGUAGACGCCAGCGUAACUCUAGCACCCAACGGUGAGGCGGCGAAUCUAUUUUAAGGAAACUGUGGUAUCACACAGGCUUCGGUUUGCUUCCUUUAACCAUUUUAUAUUUUAUCUGUAUUUUAUUCAGUAUUUUAUUUUUCCUGGGAUUGAAAUUUUGUUUCGUUCAUGUCAUAAUUUUGCGAUAUGCAAUGUGAAAUUAUGUAAUGUGAGUAGUUUUUCCCAACAGAAGAUUGGGUUUUCUGGGCUGGGAAACAUGUGUUAUUAUUGACUGGUACAAAUUUGAGCAGGCCUUUUAUUCUCCCUGCUUAAUUUUGAUCCUACUUGGAUAUAUAAUGAAUGAUUUUAAUUGGAUUUGAGCAAGAACUGACUUGUUAAACUUCAAAACUCAACAGUUAAUCACUUCAAAGUAUUAUCUUGUUACACUGAACUCUUUCGUAUUGAUUCUGUUAAGAACUUACACAAAAUCAACACAUGACACACUUAAUGAAUUUUUAAGACAAUAAUGUUCUUAUCUGGUAAUCCGUUUGCACUUUGCCACUAAAACAAGGAAGCCAACUCCCCGCAACUGCUCUAAAAAUAGGCCAGCAGGGCAUGAUGUGAAAUGCCAUAAAAGACAUAAAGGAAACCCUUCGUAUCACCAAUUUCUUUUAGGAAAGAUAGUGGAUCUCAAUUCGACGAUUCUGUUUAAAUCUCUAAUAGAUUCCAAACAAAAGGUGAGCCAUAGUUUGGCCAUAGUGUAAGGUGUAAAAUGCAAAUGAGUCAUAGUUUAAGGGAUGGUAAUUUACCCAUAUUUAGUAUUGUAUAUGCUUCAUCAAACUAGAUCAAUUUGGACUAAUAUCCUUAGAGCAAAUUCAUUUUUAUUUACUUUAUUUUUUCUUUUUUGUUUUGUUUCAUGAUUUAUUUUCGAUAUUCAUUUUUUUCUUCUAUUGACAAUUGUUCUCAACAUUUAAAAGUUUUUAAAGGAUUCAUGAGUUGUUUCAUCUUUUUUAUUAUUCCCUUGCAGAAGGAAGGUCUGAUAUGUUUAGAUAUAGUACAUGAACACUCGCGCACGCAACACGAUGUAUCAACUCAAGGAGGUGAGGUUCCCUCCAAUGAUUUUGUGGAUAGCACUGAGCAAUUUACACCUGAAGGGGUUCUCUAUGACAAAGAUCAAUUUGUCAGAUGGGCACGUGAUGUUUAUAAGAACGACGGUGUUGUCCUUGUUAUUAGGUCAUCGAAGGAUGAUAAGAUUUAUUUUCGUUGUGAGAGGCAUGGCAAAAGUGCAAAGAAGAAGAAGAAUGGCCAAACCAGUUCUAAGAAGUGCAAUUGUCCUUUUCAGAUAGUGGGAUCCAAAAAGAAAAAUGGAAUAUGGUCACUGAGAAAAAUUGACGGAUCCCAUAAUCAUUGAACGCGGACCUUCUAGAAAGACAUUCAUACAUGUAGGGAGAUUUUUAAACGUUGACAAAUCAAUAGAUGUGUGUUGUCAUUACAGAAUGUUUGUUUCAUGGAGUUUUAUGGUUGCUAGAUAUUAACAAUAUGUUAAUUUGCUAUGGUUAUGUUUGUCUGA